AGUGUGGCCGGUGCUGUUCCCCAAGAUGGCGGCGUGUGGUCCGUGAGCGGCGGCGGCGCUAGCUCGGAGCGGCGAAGCGAAGGCCCGGCUGCUGGGGAAGGCCCCGCGCCGCUCGCCGCCAAACGUGUCCCCCCCCCCCCGGGGCCCUAGGAUGGUAAAAUGACCCAGGGGGGGAAGAAGAAGAAACGGGCCGUGAACCGCAGCAUCAUGCUGGCCAAGAAGAUCAUCAUUAAGGACGGCGGCACGCCUCAAGGAAUAGGUUCGCCUAGUGUCUACCAUGCUGUCAUAGUGAUUUUUUUGGAGUUUUUUGCUUGGGGACUUUUGACAGCACCUACUUUGGUGGUGUUACAUGAAACCUUCCCAAAGCAUACAUUUCUAAUGAAUGGCCUAAUCCAAGGAGUAAAGGGCUUGUUAUCGUUUCUCAGUGCCCCCCUCAUAGGUGCUCUCUCUGAUGUUUGGGGACGAAAGUCCUUCUUACUCUUAACAGUAUUUUUCACUUGUGCACCAAUUCCAUUAAUGAAGAUCAGCCCAUGGUUAGUAACAAGCAUAGUUAUUUAUGGCUUUGUCUUUAGUGUGUUCUUGCUGUACGCAAUUAAUAACGUUUCAGCAACUUUUGCAGCAAGUUUAGUUACUAGCCCAGCUAUUGGUGCCUACCUUGGUCGAGUCUAUGGAAACAGCUUGGUAGUGGUCCUAGCUACAGCUAUAGCUUUGUUGGAUAUUUGUUUUAUUCUUGUUGCUGUACCGGAAUCACUGCCCGAGAAGAUGAGGCCAGCAUCAUGGGGAGCACCCAUUUCUUGGGAACAGGCUGAUCCCUUUGCAUCACUAAAGAAAGUGGGUCAAGAUUCCAUAGUGCUGCUAAUCUGCAUAACGGUCUUUCUUUCCUACCUCCCGGAGGCAGGUCAAUAUUCCAGCUUCUUCCUAUACCUCAGACAGAUAAUGGGAUUUUCACCUGAAAGUGUUGCAGCUUUUAUAGCAGUUCUUGGGAUUCUCUCCAUUAUUGCACAGACAGUAGUUUUGAGUUUACUUAUGCGGUCCAUUGGAAAUAAAAACACCAUCUUACUGGGUCUGGGAUUUCAAAUAUUACAGCUUGCAUGGUAUGGUUUUGGCUCGGAGCCUUGGAUGAUGUGGGCAGCAGGGGCUGUUGCAGCAAUGUCUAGUAUUACGUUCCCAGCAGUAAGUGCACUAGUUUCACGAACUGCUGAUGCUGAUCAACAGGGUGUUGUUCAAGGGAUGAUAACAGGAAUUCGAGGAUUGUGUAAUGGUUUGGGACCAGCACUUUAUGGUUUUAUAUUCUACAUAUUCCAUGUAGAAUUGAAUGAACUCCCAAUGACUGAAACUGAAUUGGGAGGUAACGUGGCCACACAACACCAUUCAGAACAGAACUCCAUAAUUCCUGGACCCCCUUUCUUGUUUGGAGCAUGCUCUGUGCUGCUGGCUUUGCUUGUUGCCUUGUUUAUUCCUGAACACACCAAUCUAAAUGCACGGUCCAGCAAUUGGAAAAAACACAGUGGCAGUCAUGGUCAUCCACACAGUCCACAGGCCCCUGGCGAGGCCAAAGAACCUUUAUUGCAAGACACAAAUGUAUGACAACAAAAUCCAGAAAAACGUUUUUAUAUUUCAUAGGUCUUGUUUCCAGUUCUGGAUAUACAUUCCAUUUACAUAAAAAAUGU